UUUAUAGGAGACAAAAAAGAACAAUAGGGUUCCUGCUAGUCGGUCACAAGUGUGGAUGGCCGCAUACAUGAAAGAUGCGACGUCAAAUAGUGAUUCAGUUAAUGAGGUUAUGACUCAAAUGAAUGAGUUAGCAGAGCACAUGGAGGGAUCUUCUACUGACCCUGCAGCAUUACAGGAGCAAAUCUUCACACAAGUUAUGGGCCCAGAGCGACCUGGUCGUGUUCGGACGUUUGGAUUGGGACCGUCACCCACUGAUGUUUUUGGAGGUGGAUAUAGGCGGUCACAAGAGCAGAAUCGUCUCUUCCAAACUCAAGUUCAAGAACAAGUUCAAGAGCAACUUCAACGGUAUCAAAUGCAGUUUGAGUCGAAGAUGAAUGAAGUAAUGGAGAAACAAAUUCAGGCUAUACGCACAGAUUUUCAGUCACGAAUUCAAUUUUUGGAAUCUCAAUUGCAAGCUGCAGGCGUGCCCGUUGAUCCAGUUGUUGCACCAUCAAACUCAUUACAUAGGCAGCAG